AUGGCUACUUCAACUGCGCGUUUGUUCACACGACGUGAGGAUUUUGACCGCUUCAAGAUACUAGUAACGGCAAGAUUGGCAGGCGUAGAGCUGGAUUGCACAGAAUUGUCAGGUUGUGAAGCUAUUGAAGAGAUAAAUGAUGUUGCCGAGCUUCCGGUUUUAAUUACCGUUGAUGGCAAGACAUUGACCGGCGUUCGUACAAUAAUCAAUUCUCUGGCCAAGGGUACUGAGUUGAUUCCGCUUCCCUGUUACGAUACUGAUGAUGUUGACAAUGCCGUUGAUACUGCAAUGAAGUUAGAUUUUGCAAAGUGGAUUUGUCCUGUACUCCAGGAACUCGUGUAUAUUCCUCCCCACGAGGAACUUCUCAAUCCAUCCUGGGAAAGCACGAUGACAAAUCUGAACUCCUUGAUUGGUAAAGACAGUUACAUGGUUGGGGAUCGAAUUAGUAUUGCAGAUAUCUACGUGAUGGCUCAGUUAAUGCCUGGAGUCCUGUCUGUAUUCAGUGAAGACCAUAAACAGAGGUACUCUGGAGCUUGUAAGUACUUUUGGAAUUUGAUCAACCGUCAUCCAGAAUUUAGUGAGGUCUUCCCACAUUUCAAAGAGGGUAAAAUCAGAAGCCUUAUUAAAUCUGAAGCCACAUUGGAUACUGAGGAUUCGGAAGGCAAACCGUUGGAUGAUUGGGAUUUAAUUGAAACAAUUCAGCUUCAUAAACAGCAAUCGGCAUAUCCAGUUCAUCGUGCUACAUUCAAUCAAGAUAAAAGCUGUUUGGCCGUAGCGAUGACAGGUGGUUUCAGGAUUUACGAUUGUAAUACUGGCAAAGUUCUGCACGAUGAAGGAGUUGGAGCUUUUGACGUUAUCGAAAUGUUGUUCAGCACGAGUGUACUAGCAGUAGUUGGUGUUGGUGAAAAGGCUGCUGGUCGUGCUUCUAGAACCAGUAAGGUGGGAGCUGUUAUGGUCUACAAUGCUGUGGACGUGCAGCAUCAUUCUGAGAUAAAAGCUCAUCGGUCGCCACUAGCUGCUAUGAAUUUUUCUGCUGAUGGGACUUACAUUGCAACCGCAUCAGAGUCAGGGACAAAGAUCCGGAUUCAUAUGAUUUCUACCUCUACUAAGGUUUGCACCUUGAGGAGGGGUUUUACUCCAUCACAGAUACAUUGUUUAUCUUUUUCUCCAUCUUUGGAGCUGCAACUGCCUGAUAUGCUUAUUGCUCUAAGUGUUGCCGGUUCACUUCAUGUUUUCCCUUUAAAUAACAGAAACAAGAAAGCAAGCUUGCUUGGUGACAUGAGUUCUGUUCAUCCCAUCUAUCAGGAUGCUGUUCCAUCUGGAGUUAAAGGCGAUGCAGUCAUACGAAAGCUGCAAAAGUUAGCAAAUGGAGACAUCCGAGCAACAGUAACCGUUGUGUCAUACGCCGGCAGUGUCUGCGAAUACAGCUGCAUGAUUAACACGAAGGGCGAAGAUUCGUGGGGAUUGGAAAAAAUGGUCUUCCUAUAA